AUGCUGAAUACUUUUUGGAAUUGGCUGCAGCGUGGCAAUGAUCGCCCAGCGGUCGCGCCAGGCGCUGGUGUACCCUACCCUUCCGGCCUUAUUCUACUGAAGGCCGCAGAAUCAGAACAUGCUGCUAACAUUGUAUUUGUUCAUGAUCUCACCCAAGACAACAAGGAGACGUGGGCAAUGAAAGACGCAGGUGAACUGCUCUGGCCUAUAGGACUCCUGCCAGGGGAGGUUCCAAAUGCCAAAAUCUUCGCCUUCGGAUAUGAUGGUGGUAAAGCAACCAGCAUGUCUCACAUCCUCUCCCAGGAACAACUCACACAACAUGCACAGGACUUGCUCCGAGAGGUGCAGUUAAUCAAACCUAGAAACAGAGAGAAGCCGCACAUCAUCUUAAUCGCUCAUGGCUAUGGUGGCCUUAUCUGCGAGCAAGCUUUGAAGCUUGCAGACGAUACAUUGAGGGAAGCAGGCUUUGCCGACUAUGACAAUCGAACUGGUGGAAUGAUUCUUUUCGACACGCCGCACUUUCGGGCUGGGCUUGCACAGUGGGCCAUCCUCUCUGCAAAGAAAAUGAAAAUAGAAUGCGCGGACAGUGCUCAACUGCAAGACUGGUCGCAAUUCAAGGAAGACCUCACUGUCAUCGCAAAAAUGCAAGCUGAGUUUUGUUCCAAGUAUAUGCACACUGCCUGGGGAAAACGCCUCGGGUGUUGCUUUAUUCAUUCGUCUAUCCCCAGAAGUAACCCUUUUUUGUCCCCAGAAUGGACCACGCUCCCUCAAGUGAGAUCUAUUGCUAUUCGUGCGGAUCACUUCGGGAUGACAAAAUUUGGAUCUUCGAAAGAGUCAGGUUUCACAGAUAUUGUAGAAUUACUUGCCAGAUGGGUUGGAGAAUUGAGGGUUGAGCAGAUGGGAUUGUGCAGCUUGGGGGUACCUGAUUCGAGCGGAUUGGACCACCACCCAGAGGGGUUGCGGCGCAACAGCUCAGCCCACGAGGCGUCUAGCGCCUUGAAUAAACGUCAAAUGUCAGAUGUCCCCCUUACUCCCUCAAAACUCCCGCGGAUUCCGAUUACGGACCGGGUGAUUAUAACAGCGGCUGAACAGCAAAGGUCUGAGAAGGUGUUAAUCUUUUUGCUGGGGAUGGUAAUGGACAAACUCCCAUUCUCCAACCCCAUACUGAGAGCUGCAGCGGGCAACUCACAGUUUGGAGAGGAAAUCAUAAGCCUUCUGCUUAAGGAACAUGGAACAGACAUCCCAAUUACAGAAGAUGUGGUGAAGGCUGCAGCACACAAUCCAGAGAGUGGAGCAGAAAUCCUAGGCCUUCUACUUGAGAAAUAUGGACCAGACAUCCCAAUCACGCAGGAGGUGCUUAAGGCUGCAGCAAACAAUCCAUGGAGUGGAGCAGAAAUCUUAAAUAUGCUGCUUAAGAGAUAUGGAGGAGACACCCCAAUUACAGAAGAGGUGGUUAUAGCUGCAGCAAACAAUCCAUGGAAUGGAGCAGAAAUCUUAAAUAUGCUGCUUAAGAGAUAUGGAGCAGACAUCCCAAUCACAGAAGAGGUGGUUAUAGCUGCAGUAUCAAAUACAGGGAGUCGGGGGGGAGUCAUAAGUCUUCUGCUUAAUGAAAGAGCAGGCCAGAUUCCAGUUACAGAUGAGGUGCUUAAAGCUGCAGCAGAGAAUCAGUGGGAAGGAGCAAUGAUCUUGAGCAUUCUGCUUAAAGCCCAAGGAGACGAUAUACUAAUUACAGAAGAGGUGGUUAAGGCUGCAGUAGCCAAUCCAGAGAGUGGGACUGAAAUCAUAAGUCUUCUGCUCAAGGAACGCCCAGACCAGGUUCAAGUUACUAUUAAUGUACUAAAGGCUGCUGCAGAAAACUUGCGAAGAGGAAAAGAAAUUUUAAGUCUUCUGCUGGAGAAACAAGAAGCCAAGGGCCUUAUUACAGAAGAGGUGGUUAAUGCUAUAGUGGAGAAUGAAGGAAAUGGAAAGGAUAUAAUGAUCCUUCUACUUCAGAGGCAAGGAGCAGGAGUUCCAAUCACUGAAAAACUGGUUAUCAACAUCGCAAGAAGAUUUAAUAAACAUGUGAUGAAGCUUCUCCUUGAGAAGCAGGGAUCAAUAAUCCCAGUUACAGAAGACGUUGUCAUCGAAAUUGCAGGAAACUUUGACCGCGAGGUGAUGUCUCUUCUACUUCUGAAACGAAGGUUCGAAAUCCCCAUUACAGACAAAGUGAUGAUAGCAGUGGCGCGAAACAGAUGGAAUGGGUCAAGCUUGAUGAUGCUACUUUUCGAAAAAUUGGGAGCAAAUAUUCCAGUAACAAAAGAGGUGCUUGAAGCUGGAUUGAAGAACGAAGGACUUGCUCCACACGUCACUGCUAUUCUUCUCCACCAAAAGGGUGCGGAUGCUCCAGUCACAGAGGAGAUGGUUAUUGACAUUGCAAGAAGAUUUGAUGAAAAGUUGAUGGGUCUUCUGCUUGAAAAACUAGCAGAUAGGGUCUACAUCACAGAAGAGGUGAUUAGAGCUGCAGUAGAAAAUAAAGAAAAUGGAAAGGAGAUAGUUAGUCUUCUUCUUCAAAAACGAGGGGCGCAGGUUCUAAUCACAGAGGAGGUGCUCAAGACUAUAGUGGUGAACUGGAUCAGUGGGAAAGAUAUCCUAAGCCUCCUACUUAAGAAGCCAGGGGUGAGAAUACUCAUUACAGCAGGGGUGGUUAAGUGUGCAAUGGAGAACCAAGAGAGUCAAGAAGAGAUCUUAAGUUUCCUGCUUAAGAAAUGGGGAGCAGAUGUCCCAAUCACAGAGGAUGUGGCUAUUGAGUUCACAAGGAAAUUCAGGCCAGAUACAAUGAGACUACUGCUUGAUGUCCAAGCAGAUAGGGUCCCAAUCACAGAGGAGGUGAUUAGUGCUGCAGUGGAAAAUGUGUGGAGCAGAAACAAGAUACUAAGCCUUCUUCUUGAGAAAGAUGGAGCAUUUAUCCCAAUUACAGAGAAGGUAGCAGUUAUGAUUGCAAGAACAUCUGAGCCACAUGUGAUGAGCGCUCUACUCAAGAGAUAUGGGGCAGAUCUCCGAAUCUCAGAGCAGGUGGUUAAGGCUUCAGUGGAAAAUAAGUGGAGUGGGAAUGACAUCCUAGGUCUUUUACUGGACCAUUAUGGAGCAAAGGUUCCAAUUACAAAGGAUGUUGUUAAAGCUGCAGUGGAAAAUGAGAGGUGUGGAAAUAAGAUCCUAAGGCUUCUCUUUCAAGAAUGGGGAGCAGAUGUCCCAAUUACGGAAGAGGUGGCUAUUAGGAUUAUAAGAGGAUUUGAGCCAGAUAUGAUAAAGCUUCUGCUUAAUAUCAAAGCAGAUAGGGUUCCAGCCACAGAGGAGGUUGCUAAGGCUGCAGUGGAAAAUGAGUGGGGUGGAAAGGAGAUUCUGAGCCUUCUGCUUAUGAAAUAUGGAGCAGACAUCCCAAUUACAGAAGAGGUGGUUAUCGCUGCAGUAUCAAAUCCAGUGAGUGGGGGUGAAGUCCUGAGUCUUCUGCUUAAUGAAAGAGCAGGACAGAUUCCAGUUACAGAAGAGGUGCUUAAAGCUGCAGUAAAGAACCAGAAAGAGGAAAGAAGAAGUGGAGAGAUGAUUAGUGGAAGACCUGAUCUUCAUGUGAUCAAACUUCUGCUUGAUAUAAAAGCAGGCUGGGUUCCAGUCACAGAGGAAGUGGUUAAGGCUGCAGUGGAAAAUGAGCAGGCUGGAGAAGGGAUUCUGAGCCUUCUAUUUGAAAAAUACAAUGCAGAUGUCCCAAUCACAGAGGAUAUUACUAAGGCUGCAGUGGAAAAUGAGGGGCGGGGUGGAAUGGAAAUUCUGAGCCUUCUACUUAAGAGAUAUGGAGGAGACAUCCCAGUUACAGAGGAGGUAGCUAAGGCUGCAGUGGAAAAUGAGUGGGGUGGAGAGAGAAACGUGAGCAUUCUACUUAAGGGAUAUACAGGAGACAUCCCAAUUACAGAAGAGGUGGUUAUAGCUGCAGUAAAAAAUGAAAUCAGUGGAGAAGGGAUUCUGAGCCUUCUGGCAGAGGAACGGGAGGCAGACAUCACAGUUACAGAGGCACUCAUCCUUGAGAUCAUAAAUGAUCCGGCCAUGGGAGAACGAACCAGGCAGAUCCUCAAAAAGUGCGCUGCUUCUGACCGGUGA